AUGCGCGCCCAAGUCCUCAAAGCGUUUAAUACACCAUAUGUGUUGAAAACAUUACUGAAGCUAGCUGAGCCUACAGGACAGGAUAUAUUGGUCAAUGUCAAGGCUGCCUCGUACUGCCACACCGAUGCUGUCUUUGCCUCGGGUGCCAUGUGGCAAGACUUACCUCGUGUUGGGUCCCACGAAUUCGCGGGCGAAAUUGUUGCCAUGGGACCCGAUGUCCCUCCUGAACUGGGCCUCAAGGUGGGCGCGGGAGUCGGUGUUCCGGGCCGCGCGUUCCAUCCGUGUGGCUCAUGCUACCAAUGCAACAACAAUGACGGAGAUCCUGAUAAAUACGGCGUGUAUUGCACCAAGGCGGGCAAUUUAGGCCUGUCAAGAGACGGUGGCUUCCAAGAAUUCUGCAUUACGGACUCGCGACAGGUCGCCCCCAUACCCUCCAACAUGACUGCAGUGGAAACGGCUCCUUUGAUGUGCGCCGGCCUGACCAUCUGGAGCCCGAAUAUUUCUAUAGAGGACUUAAAAGCCGUGUUUUCUACCAAUGUCACGGGUCUUAUUUAUAUUAUCCAAGCUGUGUUGCCGGUCUUCUUAAAACGUGAAAAUACUGGACGCGGUGAUAUUAUUAAUAUCGGAAGCAUUGCAGGGCGUGAAGCGUAUCCCAGUGGAAGUGUAUACUGUACCAGCAAGGCUGUAUCCCGGGCCUUUACGGAUAUAUUGCAUCGCGAAUUAAUUGUAACUCGAAUCCGUAUAAUAUAG